GGAAAACUUGUCAAGAAUCAUAUCGUUUUUCCGAUUUUCUGUAGCUAUAAUUAACCAAUUCCCUUGACAAGAUGUGUGCAAGCAUUAGCAGCAAGGCGUUUGAUCUUCACGACUUGCGCUAAAACUUUGGAAGCGAAUUGUUGGUUCGUGUAUCAUAUACCCAUAACUGCCGUUGCAAUACAUAUCCAAUUUCUUGUGUAUUAAAGCGUGUACUACUAAGUAAUGGAUCCGAUUACUGCCCAGGAAAGCCGCUAUUCAAAUGAGGAAAAACUAAAGGAGAAGGAGCCUUACCAGGCUUCUGUUGAAACCAUCAGCGAAGGAGAAGGAAAUGAAGUUAUUCCAAAUCGUAACCUUUUUGGACGAUUCAUUGAUGGUUUCAAGCCAGCGCCCGAAGUUGCUCAGCGAGAUGAAGUCGCAUUGAAAAAGAAAUUGAAAACCCGCCACAUCCAAAUGAUUGCACUGGGAGGUGCAAUUGGUAUGGGUGUGUGGGUUGGAAGUGGUAAAGCACUUCACAAGGGUGGUGCUGGCUCAGUAAUUAUUAACUACUCAAUUUUGGGUACAAUGGUGUUCUGCACAAUUUACGCGCUGGGUGAGUUGGCUGUCGCUUACCCAAUUCAUGGUGGCUUUACGACGUAUGCUACUCGAUUCAUUGAUCCCUCCUGGGGUUUCGCUUUGGGAUGGAAUUACUUGCUACAUUUUCUUUGCACUAUUCCCUUGGAACUUACCGUUGCAACUGUUACAAUUAAAUUCUGGACUGAUGUAAAUAGUGGCAUCUGGAUUACCAUAUUUCUCGUUCUCCUCAUCAUUAUUAACUUAUUUGGUGUGAAGGGAUAUGGUGAAGUGGAAUUCGCUCUCUCGGCUGUCAAAGUCAUAGCCAUGGUCGGUUUUAUUAUCUUCGGUAUCAUUGAUGAUGUAGGCGGUGUUCCAUCGGACCCCCGUGGUUACAUUGGUACCUCAAUUAUCAGUGCUAGUGGAUUCCGCAAUGGCUUUAAGGGUUUCUGUUCUGUAUUUGCUACAGCUGCCUUUUCUUUCGCAAGCUCUGAAAUGGUCGGACUUGCCGCCGCCGAGACGAAAAAUCCUCAAAUUUCAAUCCCGAGAUCAACCCAUCAAGUAUUCUGGAGAAUCUCAAUUUUCUAUGUGCUUGCAUUGUUCGUUGUUACCUUGUUAGUUCGCGCUGAUGAUCCGAGAUUGACAGCUUUGAGUGGUACUUCUGCCAGUCCUUUCGUUAUUGCUAUUCAGAAUGCUCGUGUAAAGGCGCUUCCUUCGGUCAUGAAUGCCGUCAUUACCAUUUCUGUUAUCUCUGCCACUAAUGCCAUGUCGUAUGCAGGAAGUCGUGUUCUUCAAUCGCUUGCAGUGAAAGGUCAUGCGCCUAAGAUUUUCAAGUAUAUUGAUCGUCAAGGUCGUCCUCUUCCUGCAUUGUGUCUUAUCUUCUUGUUUGCUUGCUUGGCCUACUUGAACUUGACGGGUAAGAGUGAUCUUAUUUUUAACUGGCUUCUUGCUCUUUCAAGUCUCAGUACUCUGUUUACUUGGGCUAGUAUCUGCUUAUGUCACAUUCGUUACCGUAUGGCUUUCAAAAAACAAGGAAAAUCACUUGAGACGAUUGGAUUCCGUUCACCUUUAGGCAUCUUUGGAUCUGCUUACGCCUUCGUUUUCGUCAUCGUCAUUUUUGCUGCUCAGUUCUAUGUUGCUUUAUUUCCUAUUGGCCUUAAACCAUCGGUAUCUAACUUCUUCCAAAAUUUCCUUACGCCGUUUGUAAUUGGUGCUUUCUUUAUUUUACAUAAAAUCUUCUCCAAAGAGAAGUAUCGUCCUCUGUCAGAGCUUGAUUUGGACAGUGGUCUUCGUGAGUACCCUGUUCAACCAAAAGAAAAAAAGACGCUCAAGCAAUAUGCCUGGUCCUUCGCCCGUUCUUGUUGUUAGUUCCACGUUUUCGCUAAAGCUGAAAACUACCUUUUGAUCACAGUCUUCCUUUACCUUCCGAUUGCAUGAUGACUUCCCCCAGUAAUACCUUUACUACUAUAAUACUCUGCAAAUAUUAGUAACCUCGUUUUUUUUUUAAUUAAUAAAAUAAAAGUUUCUCCAAAAA